UAGGACACUCCUCUCAAGUCUCCACCUUCCAAGUUCGUCAUUCACCAAUCUCUCUCCCUCUCUCUCUAAGAUGGCGUCUCACUGAUGGUUGGAGAUCCUAAUAAUCUGCAUCAGAAAAAUAUCUCUCCACGGCGAAAGAUUGACGACAAGAUUAUGGAGGAUCGAAUUUCAAGGGAUGUGAUUUGCAGUAGAAAGAGGAGGAAAUCCACGUCAAAUAUUAUUACUGUUGAAAAUGACAGUAUUACAGUGGAUGAUCGAAUUAGUAAGUUGCCAGAGGAAAUUCUGUGUUCUAUCAUAUCACGGCUGACUAUGAGAGAGGCCGUCAGAACCAGCAUUCUUUCAAGAAGAUGGAGAUACUUGUGGGGAACAUAUUUAAACCUUGUUUUUGAUGUUACAACCAUGAGUGGUAAUGAUGGUCAAAUGCACCAACUGAAAAAUCGAGAUGCCACCUCUGGACAGCGGAAAAAGCAUAGCUUUGUGAGAUGGGUCAAUCAAAUUUUAUCACUACAUUGUGGUGCAAGUAUAGAAUCAUUCAGGGUGAAGUAUUCUUUGGGUGUAAAGUACAGUUCUGACAUUGAAAAAUGGAUUCAAUUUGCCACGGAUAAGAAAGUUCAGAAUCUUGAUAUAAGGUUGUCCAAAAACAAUUGGUCUUUAAAAAAUGAACAAGAGCUCUAUACAUUUCCUUAUUGGGUAUUUAUGCAGGAUAAUGGAUCAACCUUAAAAUGCCUGUCUUUGAGCCUUUUUAAGUUGAGUCUUCCUCAAAAUUUUACUUGUUUCGGCUCCCUCACAUCCUUGACUAUGGAGAAUACUAGUCUGACUGAAGAAGAUGUUCAGAACAUCUUAUCCAAUUGCUUAUGCCUUGAGUGGUUUAGUGUGACAGGUUGCCUCGGUCCAGCACGUUUUAAGUUUUCUGCGGGUGGAUGUCGUUCUCUUAAGUUAAGACACUUAAGUGUAUCUGCUUUUCCAAAUCUAAUGGAGAUUGAGAUUUGUGAUGGCAUAAAUCUUGCAUCGUUUGAAUAUAGUGGAACUCAUUUAAGCCGGUUAUUGUACAAGAAUAAAGCAGAACUUGCAAGGCUGUCUGUUUAUACUCAAAUUCCUUUAUUUGGUGUUGCAUUCCUUCGUCCCAUUACUGACCCUGACAACCUUUUAAGUGAUUUUUAUUUUCGGGAUGUAAGCCUUCCAAGUGAAUUUCCUCAGCUUGAAUAUUUGCUAUUGUCCUUAAGAGAUAUAGAGGAAGAUACGGUACCUAAGAAUUUACCAACAUUCGCUAAACUCAAACAUUUGGUUUUAGUGUUCAUUGGACCACAUCGAGAAAGCCCCUUGGAACUGAUCUCUUCACUGUUGAAGGCAUCUCCUCUUCUGGAAAAACUUGAGCUUCAUCUUCCGCCCUUGGUGAAAAUUGAAACUCUGAAGAAAAAGAUGAAAUUAUGUCGUCUGAAGCAUCUCAAGGAAGUGGAGAUACACAAUUUUCGGGGUAUCCGAAACGAAGCUAAGCUUAUAGUAUAUCUGCUGAAGUGUGCUAUUGCUAUUAAGAAUAUAACAAUUGGAUGUGAUUUGCGGAUUUAUGAAGGCGAUGGUGUAUGGUCGAUUCCUAAGUUUGGUCGUGGUAGAAUAAAAGAAAAGAGAGUAUAUAAAAUGUUUCGAGGAAAGGUGCCCUCAACUACUAGGCUACAGUUUCGUGAUUGCACUGUAUGAAGCCAUGUCUGUGUGAAUACCAAUUAAGAAAGAAAAAUAAAAUAAAAAAAAAAAAAAAAAAUCUGUUGUUUUAUUACGGUGAUAUCUAUUUAUUACGGUGAUAUCUAUUUGUUUUUGCACCAAGUUUAUGAGGUUUUGAGAGAGUGUUGUUUUAUGGGGAACUAUCCUUGAUUUGUUUAUUUAAGAAAAAUUGUAUUUCAAUGCUGUGCUCCAUUGAAUGUAGGUUCUAGAUUAUUUGAAAUAUUUUUAUGGUUAAAUAACAAGUUAAAUGAGUGAAUUAGAUUGAGAUUUGAGAGU